UGUCGCGCGCUCAUGAAACGCAGUUUCCGCGAAUCGGUGCUCGACGAAAAAAGUGUGUGCGCGCCACGACGUCGCGUGCUACUGCGAUAGGGAUGCCAAUCAAGCUAAGGACCAUCCACUCGGCGGUCAACCUGUUGAUUGGAUGAGAACAAAAGACUCGGGAAACGGACUUCCACAAAUGCAGUCAACAUGGAUUCCCACGUUGGUCUCGACUAUAUCGUCGACAAUCCUGAUUACUGCGUCAAGCUCGCCUCGGCGUUAGACACCGCCUGUCCCUCGGUGAAGAAACAAGUGGUGGAAUUGCUUUCCGCGCUUUGUGUUUACAGCCAGGAUGGGAGGCAGAGAGCCAUCGACACUCUCCACGCGUAUCAGGAAAAGAAAGGUGAGCGAUAUCGACUGCGAAUCGUGGUCGAUGAGCUCCAGAAAGCGACCGCUGAGGACUAUCAGACGGCCCUAUUAGCUUUUAUAAAUUGUUUGGUCAUCUCCACGCCGGUGCUCAAGGAUCGCAUACGAAUUCGCAACGAGUUCAUCGGUUUGAAGCUCCUCCCGAUCCUGAACGAGCUGCGGAAGAGCCACGCUCCGGACCUUACAGUGCAGCUCGACGUCUUCGACGACCAGCGCGAGACCGACGAGGAGUUGUCAAAUCACGGCCCGCCUGGAAUCGAUCUAUCCUCCCACGUGGACGUUUUCUACGCGAUUCUAGGACAAAUUGCAGACACCCCGCAAGAAAUACCAUUCCUGAGCAUUCUUCAACAUCUGCUGCGCCUGGAUCCCAAAGACGCCGCCAGCGACUUAGCAUGGGACACGGCUGAGACGCUGGUGCACAGAGCGACUCUUUUAGAAAAUCGAGAAGACGCCACCAAGUUGCUGCGAUCGCCUAGUCUUCAGACGAAUCUAUGCUGUCACUGCCGAGGCACCGAGCAGACGUGCGGAACGUCUCGAAAGGCAUCGUUACCGGUAAACAAUUCACCUCUGCCACCUUUGCCACCUCCGCCACCGCCUCCCGGUACCCUAACACCCAACUCCUCGAGCCAAGGCCUCGUUCUGCCGCCACCACCGCCCCCGCCGCUUUUUACCGCCAACGCUACCCAAGCCGAUGCAUCGAUGGAACCACCGCCCAUCCCGCCGCCGCUCCACGUGCUACCAGUCACACGGGCGCCCACCCCCGAGCCACCCAAUAAUCACGCGAGGCUCCUACCGCAACAGGAAAUACCCACCCCCAAGGCAAAGAUGAAAACCAUCAAUUGGAAUAAGAUACCCAACCACAAAGUAGUGGGCAAGCGAAACAUCUGGGCUCUGGUAGCCAACGACCACCAAAACUCUCCCAUGGCGGACAUAGACUGGGCAGAGAUGGAAGGUCUGUUCUGCCAGCAAGUGCCUCCAAUGUUGCCCGCUGCCUCCUGUUCCUCCUCCUACGGAAACAACUCGGAUGCUGAGAGACGACGACGGGAACCAACAGAGAUUGCGCUACUGGACGGUAAGAGAAGCUUGAACGUGAACAUAUUCCUGAAGCAGUUCCGAAGCUCGAACGAGGACAUAAUCCAGCUCAUAAAGGACGGCGGUCAUGACGACAUCGGCGCAGAGAAGUUGAGAGGCCUCCUGAAGAUCCUGCCCGAGGUGGACGAGCUGGAAAUGCUCAAGAGCUUCGACGGGGACAAGUCGAAGCUUGGAAACGCCGAGAAGUUCUUCCUGCAGCUCGUCCAAGUACCAAAUUAUAAACUACGCAUAGAGUGUAUGUUGCUGAAGGAAGAAUUUGCCGCUAACAUGGGCUACCUAGAACCGAGCAUCAACUCGAUGAUCCUCGCAGGUGAGGAUCUCAUGACGAACAAACCGCUUCAGGAGGUGCUUUACAUGGUUCUAGUUGCUGGGAACUUUCUCAACUCGGGUGGAUACGCUGGGAACGCUGCUGGGGUGAAGCUGUCCUCCUUGCAAAAGUUGACGGAGAUUCGAGCGAACAAGCCUGGAAUGAAUCUUAUACAUUACGUGGCUCUGCAAGCUGAGAGGAAACGGAAGGACUUACUCGAUUUCGCGAAGAGCAUGAACACGUUGGAAGCUGCUACGAAGACCACGACGGAGCAGUUGAACAACGAGUUCAACGCUCUGGAUACAAAGAUUAAGAAGAUCAAAGCGCAGAUCCAGCUUCCUUCCACGGAGAUCGACAUACAGGAACAAAUGGCUCAGUUCUUGCAGAUGGCAGAGCAAGAGAUGAGCCAGCUGAAAGGCGACAUGGAGGAGCUCGAAACUGUAAGGCGAUCCCUCGCUGAAUUCUUCUGCGAGGACACGAACACCUUCAAGAUCGAGGAGUGCUUCAAGAUAUUCCACCAGUUCUGUCAGAAGUUCAAUCAGGCUGUCGCGGAGAACGAAAGGCGAAGAAUCCAGGAAGAACAAGUCUUAGCGAGGCGCAAGCAACGAGAGGAACAGCUUUUGGCCAAGAAGCGAUUCCUAACGAAUCAAGCCGAGACGCCAGCCUCAGAAUCCGAAUGCAACCUAAUCGAUUACGGCCUCUUCGAUCUCCAUACCGGUUUACCUCAAAGAAAUUAUAGUCGCAACGAUGCCAAGAUUAAAAGAUUGCAAAACGGAGGAGUCACGUCGGACGAAGACGUCUCGAUCGCUGGAUCUCCGAGCAUUCGACGUCGCUUGGGGUCCUGUUCGGGGGGCACGGCCGAUCAACUGUCUACCAAAGAAGAAACAUACUCUCCAGAUGUUACGCCAAACGGUACUCUUCGUCGUCGCAGAAGUCGAAUACCCUGCGAGGACGACGAUGGCAACCUGAUGGACUUUUUGAGGACAUCGGGACAAGACAAUACACGCGAAAGGAAGUCUUGGGGUAGUUUAGAUCGGUCGUGGGCUCGAAGAACUCGAGGCCAAUCUCGCAGGAGCGAUCUUCUGAACGCCGAUUUCUCUGCUGACCGAGAGAGACCGAGCUCCCCGUCACCUUUGGUGGAGAACAAGCCUUUCCUGCAAGAAGAAGAAACAAAACCUGCUGGAAAAGCAUGGAGGCAGAAGAUCGAGGCGUGGCUGUCGGAGAACGAGAAGGAAGAUCGUGCGGGUGAAGAACUUCAAAGAAAAGCGAGACAGUUGCACCAAGCGAAUCGACGGUCCUUCGAAGACUCGGAAAGUGAAGGCAAGACGAACACACCGAACGAAGGUAAUUCCACGCACGAAGUUUACGACUCUGAAGUAUACGACUGGCGUCCGUCGGUGGAGAAGACGGACGUGAUGCGUACAAUGGAAGCUAUAGAAGAAGCCGAAACGCACCCGUCCCAGAAGGACAAAUCUCCUUGGCGGAAGUCUAGCUUGAACGUACCAAAUAGUAUGGAAGAGACUGACCCACGUUAUUCCCGUAGGCUAAGAUCGAGACUCAGCACAGAAAACAUCCUCACCUCCAGUACCUUGCAGUCGAUCAAAGAAGAGGACAGAAAGAAGAAGAUCAACGAUACCGUGAACCAGGAUCCUCAGGACGAACUAACGAUCUAUCUGCGCCAGCCCUACAGCAGCUCUCAGGUCUCUGGUUCGCGAAGGUUCUCCAAGUACAAGAGAGGCGAGGAGGAGAAAAUCAGCGACAAAAUCGAGAUCGAUUCGGAUAACAUUGAAACUCCUCCGGCGACCAGGAAGCUGUUCAGUCCUCCGAAGGAAGUAAAGCCAGUGGAGAAAGAGCCUUGCAAGAGGGAACGCUGCAACGGGUCCUUUCAAAGUCGAGACCUUAAAAACACGGUCGUGAAAAAUGCGAAUAGUAACGCAGACUUCGGUACAGGUAACUUCGACAGGUAUUCGGCGACAAGGAGGACUCGAAGAUACAAGAAGGUCCAGCAGGACACGCCGGAGAAGGAGCCCACCAAAGACAUCGCAGUUUCGGAGCCCUUCGAGGAGAAACCAGCCCAACGACCUCUCACUUUGCCACUGUCGGAAGACAAUCGGGACGAGGACAGCAUGCUUCGCGUCUGGCAGGACAAAUUGAAGCGUCGCGAGGCGUCCUCCUUCGACAUCGACGCCGCACUGGCAGACAUCACCCGUUCGGGCGAGGAUCUUCAACGGCUGUCGCGACCGAUAACUUUGACGCACAGAAGCUCCAGGCUCCCUGUCAGCCAACCACCGCCAGUUUUAGCAGUGACCAACACUGUCCUCAGCCCCGUAAUGCAAGAAUCCCGUCCACGAGAGCCAUCCUUGACAGUUCUCGCUGAGAGAGCCGUGACCAGUCGGGAACGGCAGAGGAGCAUGAUCGAUCCUAGUCAAGUGAAGGAGGCGAUAAGGUUGACGAACAAUCCACCUAGUCAGGUGAAUCAAAUUCAAAACGGUUCAUCGCGAGAUAGGGUGAUAACUCAGGAUUACAGGCCGUCUUUGAACUCUCGCCAGGACGAACGUAACGAGGAUCAGACCGAUCUGAUCGAGGAUCCAAAGAACAGGGUAGCGAACAGUGAUGUUUACAAAGAUCUCAGUGGCAGCCCUGAAAUUAAGCGAUUGGAAUCGAGUCGAGACGAGAUUAGAAUCCAACCACCUCAAUCUAUGGAUACCUCCGUGUUCCGCGGAAGGUUCGUUCCAGACAUAUGCGUCACGACUUCGGCCUCCUCCCCGUUGCCACCACCCUCAGCCAAGGGUAGAGAUCAAGAAAUGAACGACGAAGGCUUCGAGGAGACCCAGAGCUUAGUCUCCGAAACGUUGAGCCAGGAAACAUCAUCUGGCAACUACGAAACGGACACCCACGAUUCGACGCGAUGUUCACCAGCUGAAUUACGCUACUCUGGAAACGAUACCGAUCGCCCACGCCCUGCGAUCAUCGCCUGCGAGGAGCACGUUGACGAGAACAAGUCCAUCGACAAAGCGUUGACCUCCGUCAAAGGGUUCGAGAAACGAGCCAGCUCGAUGAGGAAGACAGGCGAGAAGACCAGCUUCCUACCUAAACGAACCAACAGUUUGAAGAGAGACGUUGCUCCAGGAAAGGCGGAUGCUAUACAAAGAAACUCGAACAUGACGUUUCCGUCGAGCAACCCGAGGAACGAGGUGGAGCGUUCAGGGUCAAGAAGCAGUUUGCGCAGCUCGCGAAGCUCUCUGAACAGCGCCACUUCGGUGAACACUGUGAAAAACUUGGUGCCGAAUCAUUCUCGCCUUCGCACUUACACCUCGGCGAUCUGUGCCCUGACCAAUGAUUUGAGGAAGAGUCCGUCGAACACCCCACUGCCGCCGAAAACCAUUGAGAAACGACGAGUGAACCCACGAUCCACCGUCACCAGGAUACCUGCCAGCAGGAGCAGCAGCAGCGGGAGCAGCGUUGGCCCUGCUGCGAGAACCGUUCGAAAAUCUAUCGGGAUAUCGAGCGACGCGCAAAAGGGAAGCAAAGGGCGGACAAUCGGCUCUCGUAGCAGCAGCAGCAGUGGCAGUAGCAUGGGCCAGCAGUCUCUGUUGAAUCGUUCAACGAUCGAGAAAGUACCAGCUACGAAGAGCAAGCUGAUCCAUCCUCGAGCUGGAACCAGAAACCACGGUUUCAUGAGACCAACGGCCGCGAGCGUGAACAAGGGCUCCAUUCCGAAUCUUCCCAGAAGUAUCAAAGGUUUGGUCAAGUGAUUCUCUCCCAUCGCUCUAGGGAAGCUCCGUUGUGCCAUCGCUCGAUGCGCGUGUCGUAAAACAUGCCUGCUCGAGAUUGCGAAAAAGUCGACUGAUCCAUACACUUUGCGCUUCCGUUAUUUUAUACGUUAUCUACGAUUUAGAGCAAUUUUCUUACAUUCGCGCGUCUAUCGUGUCGCGUAGACGCAGGUGUUCUUUCGGUUGCUACCGUUAAGGGUUGACGUUUAACCCCCCACUGCAUGGGACUUUAUUUCUCCUUAAUUAAUCAAAGAGUUAAACGAUGAGUUAUCGAAUUUGUAGAGGAUCUGUAAAAUUGGCUUUGUCAACGUCCAUUGUGUUCCUAAUCGGGCACGUUAUGCGAUGGAGGGUUAAGAACGUCGACGAAUUAAUCGUUUUAAAUUAACUUGGUUAUAUUAACAUAAGUUACAUAGUGGCAUUAUACCUGCAGACACGCGCAACGGAAAUGUAAAUUGCGCGUGGUCAUGGUACACUUAGAUGUCAGAUACGCUUGUCUGGUCGCAUCGCGAACGUCUGCGUCGCGAGAACCGGCAAUCUACGAUAGAACAUGUAUAUGUCGAACGAUGCGGCGCGCCAUGACGGACGGUUUAAUACAAUUUUCGUGUCCUAACGUCGUUUUGCAUCGGAUCACAGUCGAAGUCUCUUAUAAUUUAUGUCGAGUUAGCUAGUACGUUUAAGUAAUAAUUCCUUCCCUUAGAAUACAGUUUCAGAUAUGUAAUAUAUAUAAGUGUACUAACUAAGCGUGUACGACAUAUGUAAGUUUCAUCGAUGAUAGUACGCAUAUUGUAGACCAUGAUCAUUAGUAAAUUAACGAACUAAAUAAACGUAAUCUAAUUUUGUUCAAGAGACGAUUGCGCGAAAUCGCCCGCCGCUCUGGAAGCGUUAUCAAGAAGCGUGCGAUACCGGCGCCCUUGAAUGAAUCGAAUAAAGAAGGAUGAUUAAAACAA